GUUUCUCCGGCACAUUCCGCAGCCAACUCGAUUACGGCACUAGUACAGUUAGUGACCUACCUGCGUCCGUCCACGUAAUUGUGUGAGGAUUCCAUCGUCGAAAUCCGAUUCCAGAACAAUCCGUAAUCAUGUUGGCUGCUGCCAAGUGGUUGUUACUGUCUUGUUUAAUCUCGCUGGUGGCGCUGCAGUCGAUAGGACCAAACCAGCGAAGUUUGCCGCAGGAAGCCCAAGAGAGGACUUUACUGGAUUGGAUCGGACUAGGGACAGGGCCGGACACUGACCCCUAUUUAGCCAAAACCAACGCCGCCUGCCUCGAUGGAGACCUAGCGGAGUGUUUCAAAUCGAGAGCUCUCGCUUCGUUGGACGAGUUUUUCAAUAAACCCCAGUAUUACCUAACCGAGAACGUUAGACUCCUACGGAUGCCAGAACGCCAACUUCGCCAGCUCGCUCACGAACAUUACGAAUACUCUUCAUCUCCACGUGCCGAUGAGCCUGAAUGGGACCAACUCGUCAAGUUCGGAUUGAGAAAAAUCGAGAAGUUCCUGAAAUCGACGGCUAUCGAGGUGCAGUUAGAUAAUGAAGUUACCGAAAGGGGAAGGUAUUCUCCAAGAUUUAUCGACGAGAUUGCCGACGAAAUCGACGUCAUCGAGGACAAAAAAGACUCACUUUUCAAGCGCAAGCAAUUAAAGAAGUUGUUCAUCCCCAUGCUGAUUAUUUUGAAGCUUUUCAAGCUCAAGCUUUUGCUGUUUUUGCCGCUGAUUUUGGGUCUGGCCUCAUUCAAGAAAUUAUUAGGAUUUUUGGCAAUUGUCAUUCCGGGACUGAUUGGCUUUUUUAAGCUCUGCAAGCCCAAUUUGCACUCGAGUAGCAAUUACUACACGGGACCCCAAUACUCGCCAGCAGGAGUGGGAUUCCAUCCUCAUUAUAGGGGAGAUGGGGAUUACUCCACUGCACAAUAUGGAAACGUUCAUUUUGGAGAAGACAACGCCCAGCAGUUGGCAUAUAAUGGAUGGGGCCAUUAUAGGAAUAAUGGGGGCGACAUUAAGGCGGAAGGUGAGAGCACGCCGAAAAAAUCGAUCCUCCCAGAUUCUUAAGACGAUUGGAGAAGAUUUAAUGUAAAUAUUUAUAGCCAUAUUUAUUUUCUACUU